AUGGCCGUGACAUCAGCGGACGACCUACCUACCGACGUCCACCAGCAUGUUGGCUUCGUGUCUGUCGGCCCGGUACGCAGCACCAUAGAACUCGUGUGGGGCUGCGUGUUUACAAUCAUCAUCUGCACUUGGAAUAUUCAGCAUCUUACAAUUGCUUCUCCCUACAAGUCCGCAUGGAGGGGUAUGACCCGCAAAAUCGGCUGGGCCCUGUUCACCAUAAUUGCCCCGGAAUAUGUUAGUAUCCAGGCGAUUAAUGAAUAUGUCGGUGCCCGCAUCCAAAAUCGGGAGAUGCGGGACCUCGGGCUCAGAUGGUGGACAACGAAACAUUCAUUCUUCGGCAAUAUAGGCGGGUACCUGUUGGAGUAUCAAAACGAGGGCCAAAUCAUUGUCAGAUUCCCAGAGAUCGAAUGGCUAGUAACAGAAAAGUUGUUGGUUCUGCCAGAGAUCGCAGGUUGGGAGAUCGACGGCCUGGCUCGUGAGGACGGCUUCCGAAAAGCAGUUGCUGUUGUACAGCUUAUCUGGUUCGCUCUUCAAUGCAUUGGCCGGACCGUGGAAGGAAUGGAGUCGGCCCUUUUCGAAGUCGUGACGCUGUGCUUUGUCACUUGCACGAUUGUCACUUUGAUCUUCUGGUGGAAGAAGCCGGCAGGGGUCGCCAUACGAAGAAAAAUUUCUUGCCCCUCGAUCAGCGGUGAAGAUAUCGACAGAAUGCUCGAGAGAACACACGGAGACAGGUUCAAGUUGAUCCAAGAAUUACAGUUACGCCAAAAGGACAAUGCCGACGACCACAUGAAUCAGUAUUGGAUCGGCAUAGUGUUCUUUCUGGCCGGAGCGGUCGGGGUAUGGCACCUUGCAGCGUGGAACUACUCGUUCCCUAGCUCGGUUGAGCGCAUACUCUGGAGAGCUUCGAGCAUCACCACGGUUAUUCUGCCGAUCAUCUUCUUUUUCACCAUAAUUGCCGAAGGUAAAUUCGACUCUCUACCCCUUUGGAUUGUGGUAUCUUUUUUAAUGUGCACCUAUAUCGUCGCACGAACAUAUCUUGUGGUCGAGACGAUCAUAUCGCUGCGGUCAGCGCCAUCAGGAAUCUACGAGCGUGUCAGAUGGAGCGAAUUUAUACCUCACGUCUGA